AACGGGGAGAGUACAUAUCUAUGCGAGACUAAGAAAUGAUGAAUACUUUACUCGAAAGCAAAAUGAGUAUAUACAUUUGAAUUAUUAAUGCGGAAUUAUCGGACUGAAGAUAUCGCUGUCAGGGCUGUUGGUGUUGUUGCUUACGCUUGCGCUGGUGAUAGCGUCAUCAUGUCUGGGUACAGCGAAUAGACGUGGAUUUAGAUAUAAAAAGGCCCUUCCAGUUGGAAUACCGAAAAAUGGCAAACAGAAACAGUAUCAAUCACCAUUUAUUGAACAUCAAUCAACAUGGCAGAAUUUGGAUUCCACACAACAUCCGACGAGGCCGCCACGGCUCUCAAGGAUGCCAUUACCGGAAAGACGAGUCAGUCGUUUUUAUCCUUUCUUCUUCAGCACCUGCUUUGCUAAUUUUGGGCAUUUAGUUCUUGUAACCGGCGUCAGUCCGAAUUCGCUAGGCUCCGACACAGCUCGAGCCAUCCUGGCUCAGAAGCCGGCCAAACUUCUCAUCGCCAGUCGAGCGGCGGACAAGCUGCAAGAAGUGAUCAAGUCCCUAGAUAUCCCUCAAGGCACCGUCGUGCAGCCCAUCGUGCUUGAUCUCUCCUCGUUGGAGGCCACCCGCAAGGCUGCCGCCGAGGUAAACAGCUCUGUUACGGUUCUUGAUGCCAUGAUCUGUACCGCCGGCGUCAUGGCUGUGCCGUCAUUUGAGAAGUCCAAGGACGACAUUGAGAUGCAAUUUGCUGUAAACCACCUGGGUCACUUUCUCUUCAUCAACCUGUUGAUCGAGAAGCUGCUCGCCUCGGAGCACGGCGUCGUUGUGACCUACUCAAGCGAAGCUCAAUCCCGCGCCAAUCUGUCCUUCUUGGACGACCUGUCAUACAACAACGGCAAAGACUAUGAGAAGUGGACGGCGUAUAGCAAUUCCAAGGCAUGCGAUGUUCUCUUGUCGGUCGGUUUGGUCCAGCACUUUGGCCAGCGGGGAUUGCGUUCCUUCAGCGUUGAUCCUGGUGUUAUUGUUACCACAGGCCUGACGAGAAGCGUUCCGAUGGAGGACUUCAAGGCACUCGGUAUGUGUCUCACAUACUCUUCAUUAUCCGUCUUUUUGUUGUAUUUUGCCACAAUUCUAAUUUGCGACAGGCUGGAUCGACGACAACGGUAACCUGAACUCGGCGAUUAAGGCCAAGACCUUGGCUGAGGGAUCCUCAACCGGAAUCAU